AAUCGUCGUAAUUCUACGUACGAUGCGUCACAUAGACACACUUCUGUACGAAAAGAAAUAACUGCCAAGAAUCCGUAUGCAUGCGAGAUUUAUUAAUUUUCAUGAUCAAACGUUAUUCUAUUAUCAGCUAUUGUUGCGCGAACAUCAACAAAGUACCCCUAGAAGUGUUUUUUUUAACAAAACAAAGAAAUGAGUGACGACGAAUUUUCUCUGACAAAAGUGCAAAAGAGCCUCGCGGGCUACGUUUCGAUCAACAACAAUUUGCGACAUUAUCGGAAGACAAAUAUCGUCGCUCGCAAUGACCUUGAACGCAUGAAACCCAAUAUCGUGCGGAUUAUCACGGGAGGCGGAUCGGGACACGAGCCUUUUAGCAUCGGAUAUGUCGGGGAAGGAAUGCUCACCGCCUGCGUUUGCGGCGAAAUCUUCGCAUCUCCCAGCGUCACAAACAUCUUAACCGCCAUCGUAACUGCCGGCGCUCGUCCCGGAUCCUCAAUCUUGCUCAUUGUCAUCAACUACACGGGAGAUCGCCUGAAUUUUGGUCUCGCUGGCGAAAUUGCUCGCACCAAAUACGGCUUCAAUGUCGAAACAAUUCUCGUGAACGACGAUUGCUCCAUCGAAAAUGUGCGAAAAAGCGUUGGAAAACGUGGCUUAGCAGGCGCCGUUCUUAUUCACAAAAUCGCCGGAGCAAUGGCAGCAAUGGGCAAAGAACUCGGGGAAAUUGCCGAUUUUUGCAACGAUUUACUGCAAAAUCAAAAAUUGGCGACGAUUGGAUUCACUUUUACGGAAAAGGAAGACGAGUCAGUCGAAAAUAUCGAAAUCGGGCGAGGAAUUCACGGCGAACCGGGCAUCGAAAAAAUUGAAAAAACCCCGAAUUUCGAGAGAAUUGUGGAAAUUGUGAUGGAAAAAUUGCUUAAAGCUGUUCCGAGAGGCACGGAAAUUCGAAAACCGCAAGUUGCUUUUUUGUUUAAUAAUUUAGGGGGUGCCACAAAUUUCGCAAUUUCGACUUUUGCGAAUAUUUUUCUCAAAGAAGUGCGAGUUUAUUAUGACGUGCAAUUAACGCUCGAGGGAACUUUUGUCACUUCGCAUAAUGUUGAAGGGAUGUCAGUGACAAUUUUACGUUUGGAUGGCAAAAAAGACGAAAUUUUGGAUUAUUUGAGGUUUCCAGUGAAAAUUGCCGCGAACGUUCCCUUCAAUAUCGUUCGAGAAAUGAAUCCGCCCGACGAUCAUCCUGUGGCGCGAUACGAUUCCGAGUAUUUCAUCGACAAAUUCGAGCUGGACGAGCGUUUGUACGAAAUUAAACACGGCGAAAUCGGCAUCGAAGCUGCUAAAAAGUCACUUUUGGGAAUUUGUGACAUCUUGAUUAAAUGCGAAAAGCUCCUAAAUGGCAUGGAUGCUGAAUUUGGCGACGGCGAUACGGGAACUCUCAUCACAGGAGCCGCAAAAGCGCUUUUACAAGCGAUCAAUUCGGACAAAAUCAAUUUUAUGUAUCCCGCGGUGAUGUUACACGAAAUCAGUGACGUCCUUCAAAAAAAUAUGGGCGGCUCACUUGGAGCGAUUUUCUGUAUUUUCCUUCAGGGAGCGGCUGAAGCGUUUAUUUUUGAUCAAGAUGUCGUCACAGUGGGACAUUUGCAGCUGUGGUUGUUGGCACUGAAGUUUGGGAUGCGAGCAGUGAUGAAAUAUGGAUUGGCUGAAGUUGGAGAUCGAACGAUUUUGGAUGCGUUACAGCCCGGGAUUGAAAAGUUGGAGGAAGGAAUGGCGAUGAAUCCGAGUUUGAAGGAUAUUAUUGAUGAUUUUGCGACGGCUUGUGAGGAGGGAGCGGAUAGAACGAAGGAAAUUAUGCCGAAAUCGGGAAGAGCGGCAUAUGGGUUUUCCGAGGGGAAGGCUUUUAAAGCGGAAACUAAUGAUCCAGGAGCCCAAGUAAUCGGCAUCAUCGCUCGAGCCACAUACGAAGGCAUCAAAUCCGUCUUCAACAAACACAACAUCGAAUAGAAAAAAAAAUCUGAAUUCAUCAUUAAUAGAAAAGAAAAAUAAAAAACUCAAAAUUUGGCACUGUAGAACUUGAUAUUUUUAUUAAUAAUUUUUUUUCUUGUUAUAAAGUUAAAACUUUUUCAUAUUUAUUUAUUUUUAUUUAGUAAUAUUUAACAUGGA